GUACAGUCUAGUUAACAUGUUUAGUAUCUGUCCCUGGAGAAAUGUACAGUCUAGUUAACAUGUUUAGUAUCUGUCCCUGGAUAAAUGUACAGUCUAGUUAACAUGUUUAGUAUCUGUCCCUGGAGAAAUGUUGUCAACGUCGUGUGUAUAGGUGGCAGGGAAGUCAGACGCAGGAGAGUAAAUGAAGUGUAGAUGGAGACUUUUAAUAAACGUCCAUGACAUGCUCCAAACACGAGAAAUAUACAUAUAUCAAAUAAAAAUGGGUACGAGGACCCGUCGCGCACCUAUACACCAAUCAAACAACAGUUGACAUAAAACAAUCUCUGACAAACACAUGAAGGGAAACAGAGGGUUAAAUACACAACAGGUAAUGAAUGGGAUUGGCAACAGGUGUGUGGGAAGACAAGACAAAACCAAUGGAAAAUGAAAAAUGGAUCGAUGAUGGCUAGAAGGCCGGUGAAGUCGACCGCAGAACACCGCCCGGACAAGGAGAGGCAACGACUUCGGUAGAAGUCGUGACAAAUGUAGUCUAGUUAACAUGUUUAGUAUCUGUCCCUGGAGAAAUGUACAGUCUAGUGAAACCACAAUGUUUGGUUAGUUACUGUAUGUUCAGUAUGUAUUUAUGCCUACAUGACUUGCAUACAAGUGAGCCUCCCUGUAGCAUGUAUUUCAUCAGAUGUUUUUGGACUUGGGCACUUUUCUUUCACCAUGCAUUUUGGAAAAAAACAAACAGUAUUUUUGAUUGACUUUUGAGUUUGUAGAUUCUUGUUGCACUGUGCAGACAGCCUUUCUUCCUCUCGGUCUCUGUGGGCUUUAAUCAGGAGUCAGUGAAAUGGUUUGAGGACAGAGGACAAUUGUUGCCCUGUCCUUUAGGGACAUUUAGCAACAUUAGCGCAUAUUGAUGGAUGGUACAGAUUUUAGCUUGACUGUCAGGUAAAGCCCUCUCAAUAAAGAGAAUGUCCAGAGAGUUAUUAUUCUAACUUAGCGUGGCUUCUUCACAGAGUACAUCACACAGACAUGGAUGAGCCUCAAAUUGUAUGAUCGAUGUGGGAACCAGAGCUUGAAGGCUUUUGCAAGUUAAAGCGCCCCUGAGUCUAAAGCAAAUAAGGGUUUAAACAGUCUCUCUCUCUCCGUUUAUCGCUUCUCUGCAGCAAUCUCCGUUGUAUAUCACUCCAAGGUCGACAGCUCGCCAGCCAGCCGCAUGGUAGUGUUGUGUUUAGGUGCAGGCAGCACACUUGUUUAUUCACACCAUUUAAUGCAUUGAAUUAAAGCCCAUUUCAGUAAGCUACUUCUCAUUCCAACUAUUGUCACAGGGAGAUUGACAGGCGACUCGAGGUGCUGCUGACACCUAGAACAGUAACUGACAGACUCUGGAGCCCACAAGGCAGCCCAUUCUCCUUUGGCCUGCAGAUUAAGAGUUCAUAAAGCCAGGAUGAAGAAUGUAUCUGUCCCUCAUGGUUGGAUGGACAGUAGUUCUUUGGGGUUUACAGAAGACUUACAGUCCGAAGUCGAUAGAGCUGCAGUUGGUGUUUAGGACCCUGACACACAGAUAAGAGAAGAGUAACAGAGAAGAGUAACCUGCAAUCGGAAUAGAGGGUCCUCCAGGCAAUUGCACUUGUACAAAACAAUACAUUAUGUUCCAUACAAGCCUGGCAUAAUUCUCUUUCACAUUGGAAGUAGGUAUCUCUCCAUGAUUUGUAAAUUAAACUGACAUUUGUUUAUUGCUGUAAAUACUUUGUCUGCUUCAUUUAGUUGAUUGAGGUUUACGAGAGAGCCUAAUCGGAAGUGAAAAGGACUAAUUUGAGCUUUGUCGUCCAUUGCAUUAAAAGAACAAUUAAAGCUGUAAUUCAGAUGUGUCCUCUGUGAGUGGUGUAGUUACUAAACACGACAGAUAUAGUUUUAAGAAGAUUUUUGUUGUGAAAGUAAAGUUUUCUGUUCACCUUCUUGUAUUUCACCUGAUAUUUCUACCACUUGUCUAACCCAGAGCCUUUAUUCCAAAUCUGAGGCGAAUGUAACCCUGUGACAUCAUCUUUUGGGCAAGAGUUAUGAUUUUUGUCUGUUGUGUGGCUAAAGUAUUGUUUGUUAAAUAAACACAAUUGUUUUUUUAUAUCAAUAAUACUUCAGGUGAUAAGCGACAAACCUGACAAAAUAAUAUAUUUAAAAAAAUGGGUUUAUACAUGUAGUUCUCCUUUAAAUGUACCAACCAUCCGUCUUACUUCUGUCUCCGCAGGUAAGCAGUAGAAUGGUGUCCGGGGAGGCAGGUGGGCACAGCUACCUGGUGGCGUGCUGGCAGCCCAUCCUGGUCCUAAUGCUGGGCACUGUCCUCUCCGGCUCCACCACCGGCUGCCCGUCCCGCUGUGAGUGUAACGCUCAGGAACGUUCCGUGGUGUGCCAUCGACGGAGGCUGGCCUCGUUUCCCGAGGGCAUCCCCAUCGAGACGAAACUACUGGACCUCAGCAAGAACCGUCUGAAAAGCCUGGGGCCUGAGGAGUUCAUCAACUACCCACAGCUGGAGGAGCUGCAGCUCAAUGAGAACAAUAUCUCUUCCAUGGAGCCCGGGGCUUUUAGCAACCUUGUCGGCUUGCGGACUCUGGGGCUGCGCAACAACCAGCUUAAGCUAAUCCAGUUGGGAGUGUUCACAGGCCUCAGCAACCUCACCCAGCUGGACAUUAGCGAGAACAGAAUUGUCAUCCUGCUGGACUACAUGUUCCAGGAGCUGUACAAUCUGAAGGCUCUGGAAGUCGGCGAUAACGACCUGGUGUUCAUCUCUCACCGAGCGUUCCACGGCCUCAGCAGCCUGGAACAGCUGACCAUGGAGCGCUGCAACCUGACCUCGGUGCCCACCGAGGCCCUGAGCCAUCUGCACAACCUGCUGUCGCUGCGACUACGCCACCUCACCGUCAAUGCUGUCAGGGAUUACUCCUUCAAGAGGCUUGACCGCCUGAAGGUGUUAGAGAUCUCCUACUGGCCCUACCUGGACACCAUGACCUCCAAAUGCCUGUACGGCCUCAACAUCACCUCCCUGACCAUCACAAACUGUAACCUCACCGCCAUCCCUUACCAGGCCAUUCGACACCUUGGGCACCUUCUCUUUCUCAACUUGUCUUUUAAUCCCAUUCACACGGUGGAGGGGAACAAGCUGCACAAUCUGCUGAGGCUUCAGGCCUUCCACUUGGUAGGAGGGAGAUUAGCCACAAUUGAGCCCUACUCCUUCCGGGGCUUGAACCACCUCCGAGUCCUCAACGUAUCCAGCAAUAGCCUGAACACCCUGGAGGAAUCCGUCUUUCACUCCGUGGGGAACCUGGAGACCCUGGCACUGUACGAUAACCCACUGGCCUGCGACUGCCGACUGCUCUGGGUCUUCCGCCGCCGCUGGAGGCUCAACUUCAACCGGCAGCAGCCUUCCUGCUCUUUGCCCGAGGCCGUGCAGGGCAAGGAGUUCAAAGACUUCCCAGACAUCCUCCCCUCCGAUUCCUUCACCUGCCAGAAGUCCAGGAUACAAGACCACAAGGCAUUGCAGAGGCACGUGGACGAAGGCACAACGGUCCAUUACACAUGCCAGGCGGACGGCGACCCAGCCCCCGUGAUCAUGUGGCUGUCCCCCAAGAAGCAGUUCAUCACCACCAAGUCCGUGGGGCGUCUCAGCGUGUCCCCCGAGGGCACGCUAGAGGUGCGCUACGCCCAGAUCCAGGACAACGGUACCUACCUGUGCAUCGCCAGCAAUGCAGCAGGGAAUGACACCAAGCCUGCCCACCUGCAUGUGCACAGCUACUCGCCCAACUGGCCGCACCAGCCCAACAAGACGUUUGCUUUCAUCUCCAACCAGCCCAGCGAGGACGGGGCCAACGGGACCCUGGCCCAGGUUCCCUUCCCGUUCGACGUGAAGACUCUGAUCAUCGCCACCACCAUGGGAUUUAUAUCGUUCCUCGGCGUCGUCCUCUUCUGUCUCGUCAUCCUCUUCCUCUGGAGCAGAGGAAAAGGCAACGUCAAGCCAAACAUAGAGAUUGAGUAUGUACCCCGUAAGGUGGAGGCAGGUGAGAGUAGUCCAACCGGCGAUGCGCCGCGUAAAUUCAACAUGAAAAUGAUGUGAGACUCAAGCUUACUGACUUCAAAAUGAGGUGUGGACACACUAUAUUCUCUUUAAAUAUAUGUGGAAUUUAUGACAGAUAGACAUCUUGAUACUAUACCCAAGACUGUUUUACCUUCAGGGACUGAAUCUUAAACAGCGAGUGUUGGAUUUAAAAGUAUUCAAAUCUCUGUGCAUUUUUAUGGGCAAUAGUCAUUGAGAAAAUAAGCCAGAAUAAGCCAGUCAUGUUUUAUGCUCCUUUCAACCUGAAAAUGGAGAUUGUCUUUAUCUAGUCUUUUGAUUGUUUUUUUUUCUCUGUAUCUUGUUCUUCUUACCAUGUACAACGAGCAAAGGAAUGGUCGCAAUACCACUUAAAGGGGUAGUUCACAAAAAUACUGAAAUUGACAGCAGCAACGGUAAGAGGAAUAUCAUGUCAAUUUGUUUGAACUACACCUUUAAUGGUUAUGGGUUUUGAGCAUAUUACUGUAUUACGAGCAGGCGCAAUUCAAGCAAUGUACGUACAGUGCAUUCAGAAAGUAUUCAGACCCCCUUGACUUUUUCCAAAUGUUGUUACGUUACAGCCUUAUUCUAAAAUUGAUUAAAGUUUGUAUUAACUCAUCAAUGUACACACAACACCCGAUAAUAACAAAACAAAAACAGGUUUUCAGACCCUUUAGUCAGUAAACACCGGGAUUUGGGGAGUUUUCCCCAUUCUUCUCUGCAGAUCCUCUCAAGCUCUGUCAGGUUGGAAUGGGAGCGUCGCUGCACAGCUAUUUUCAGGUCUCUCCAGAGAUGUUUGAUGGGGUUCAAGUCCGGGCUUUGGCUGGGCCACUCAAGGACAUUCUGAGACUUGUCCUGAAACCACUCCUGCGUUGUCUUUGCUGUGUGCUUAGGGACAUUAUCCUGUUGGAAGGUGAACCUUCGCCCCAGUCUAGGUCCUGAAUGCUCUGGAGCAGGUUUUCAUCAAGGAUCUCUCUGUACUUUGCUCCGUUCAUCAAUGCCUCGAUCCUGAUUAGUCUCCCAGUCCCUGCUGCUGAAAAAAAUCCCCACAGCAUGAUGCUGCCACCACCAUGCUUCACCGUAGGGAUGGUGCCAGGUUUCCUCCACACGUGACGCUUGCCAUUCAGGCCAAAGCGAGUGUUUAGGUGCCUUUGGCAAACUCGAAGUCGGCUGGCAUGUGCCUUUUACUGAGAAGUGACUUCUGUCUGGCCACUCUACCAUAAAGGCCUGAUUGGUGGAGUGCUGCACAGAUGGUUGUCCUUCUGGAAGGUUCUCCCAUCUCCACAGAGGAACUCUGUCAGUGUCACGCCCUGACCAUAGAUUGCUUUGUAUGCUUCUAUUUUUUGUUUGGUCAGGGUGUGAUGUGGGUGGGCAUUCUAUGUUUGUAUGUCUAUGUUUUCUAUUUCUAUUGUGUUUGGCCUGGUAUGGUUCCCAAUCAGAGGCAGCUGUCAAUCGUUGUCUAUGAUUGAGAACCACACUUAGGUAGCCUGUUUUCCCACUUUGAGUUGUGGGUGGUUAUUUUCUGUUUAGUGUUUGUUAUACCUUUCAGAACUGUUUGUUGGUUGUUUUGUGGUUUUUGUUUGCGUGUUCAUUCUUUAUUAAAAGUAUUAUGGAUACGUACCAUGCUGCACUUUGGUCCUCCUCUCCUUCUCCCGACGACAAUCGUUACAGUCAGAGUGACCAUCGGGUUCUUGGUCACUUCCCUGACCAAGGCCCUUCUCCCCGAUUGCUCAGUUUGGCCGUGCGGCCAGCUCUAGGAAGAGUCUUGGUGGUGCAAAACCUCUUCCAUUUACGAAUAAUGGAGGCCACUGUGUUCUUGCAAUGCUGCAGAAAUGUUUUGGUAUCCUUCCCCAGAUCUGUGCCUUGACACAAUCCUGUCUCUGAGCUCUACGGACAAUUCCUUCGACCUCAUGGCUUGGUAUUUUGCUCUGACAUACACUGUCAACCAUGGGACCUUAUAUAGACAGGGUGAUGUCUUUCCAAAUCAUGUCCAAUCAAUUGAAUUUACCACAGGUUGACGACAAUCAAGAAACAUCUCAAGGAUGAUAAAUGGAAACAGGACGCAAAUCAUUUUUGGAAAUUUAAUACAUUUUCAAAAAAUUCUAAAAACCUGUUUUCGCUUUGUCAUUAUGGGGUAUUGUGUGUAGAUUGAUGAAGAACAUUUUUUAUUUAAUCCAUUUUAGAAUAAGGCUGUAACGUAACAAAACGUGGAAAAAGUCAAGAGGUCUGAAUACUUUUCGAAUGCACUUAAGAGAUAAAAGUAAGCUAGAAAGGCAUAGAACGGCAUAUUCUAAUUUGUAAAAAAAUAUAUAUAUAUUAUGCUUGACAAUCAUCAAAAUCACAAAGGUCAUUGGUAUAAAAUCACAGAAUAACUACAAUGUAAAAUAUCAGCAAUGAAGUUAGGGUCCUCUGAUGCCAUUUUGUCUACUGAGUGUGCAGUGGCUCAAAUCCUUUCCUAGCAAACUAGGAACAUUCUCUGAACAUUAGCUAAGAUUCCCCUUAAGUUCUAGUUCGGGUUUUAGGAUGAUAACAUCCCAAAAACAUAAAAAUAAUGUUUUUGAUAACAACAUUAUUUUGUACAAUAUUUUUUAUUUUUUAAUGAAAUAUCCUUGGAAUGUUCUCCUAACAUUCCCUAAAAUGGUGUGCACAACAUCUGUAAGAAACACCACAGAACAUUCCCCAAACGUUCACAUUAGGUUACCAGGUAAUGUAAUAACACAAUGUAGCAGUAACGUUUUUUACAACAUACUGCUGCAACAAAAUAUGAGAGCAACGUUCUUGGAAACUUCUUGCAAAAUGCAAAUGUUUUAUACAAACAUUGUAUAAUCAUCAGCACAAGUGGACCGUUUUUGUGUUAUGAGAACAUUUGCCGCAACCUAACAAACGUUCUGGGAACUUUCACAAAAUUAAUUUUGGUUUGCUGGGUUGUUUGUAUAAUCACAAACAUGCUUCAAAUGAUCAUUGUGAUAUUCAAUUUGAAUCCCUAUGUUGUUUUUGUUGUCAGUGUGUUCUCCUGUUAGCAGUGAUCAGGAACCAGUUGUUGUAAUACAGAUGAUGUGUUAACAGGGUUUUAUGUGGUGAAAUACAUUUUAUAGCCAUAGUCUGCUCUGAAAGUAAUGUGUUCAUAAACCCUUAAACCACUGGUUAUGAAAUAAUGGACGGAAUGAAAGCAUAUUAAAACAAUAAAGUUUUAUACAGUAA